AUGGUGUGGGUCAAACUCAGGGUCUCUCUCUUGCUCCUUCUGCUGGUUGUGAGAUGCAUAGCACUGGAAGAACCCAAGAAGAAUGAAUGUGUUUGUGGACAUCCAGGAAUACCAGGAGACCCAGGCCACAAUGGAAUGCCAGGCCGAGAUGGACGAGAUGGGUUCAGAGGUGACAAGGGUGAUCGAGGUGAAAUCGGCAUCACUGGACCAACUGGACAGAGUGGCUCCAAAGGAGACAAAGGGGAGCUGGGUACAGCUGGUCUGGCAGGAAUUAAGGGCAGACGGGGUGAGAAUGGAGAGAAGGGGCCACCGGGGAAGAUGGGGCCCCAAGGAGUCUCAGGGCCCAUGGGCCUAAAGGGCCAGAAGGGGGAGCUCGGGUUACCAGGAAUCCAGGGACCGAAAGGGGAUUUGGGGCCACUGGGGCCUGAAGGGCAGAAGGGGGAGAUUGGGCUCCAGGGGGACCGAGGCAUCCAGGGGCCCUUGGGAACUCCAGGUCGACCAGGACCGAAGGGAAACCUCGGCCCCCCAGGGUUCAAAGGCAACAUUGGUUACCGCGGAGAGCGAGGGAAUCUGGGCGAGACAGGAGAGAAGGGAGAGAAGGGGGACACAUUCUUCAUCCCAAAAAGCGCGUUCUCAGUGGGUCUAACCGAAUACACCAAACUCCCACCGGCUAACGCACCGAUCAGGUUUGACAAGGUGAUUUACAACCGGCAGGACCAUUAUGACCCACAGACCGGACGGUUCACCUGCGUGGUGUCUGGGGCCUACUACUUUACCUACCACAUCACUGUGUUCUCCCGUAAUGUAAAAGUAGCAUUAGUGAGAAACGGGGUGAAGGUGAUCCACACCAUGGAUAACUAUCAGAGCAGUGAGGACCAGGCGGCAGGCGGGGCUGUGCUGCACCUGGAGAAAGGGGACAAGGUGUGGCUGCAGGUGGCUGGAGGAGAGCUCUUCAACGGGCUGUUUGCUGAUGAAGAUGAUGAUACAACCUUCUCUGGGUUCCUUCUCUUUGGUGCAGAAUAGGGGUUAGGUCCA